GCUAAACGGCUGCAUCCAGCCGGUGCAGAUUCGAAUAAAACGCCGGGCAAAUCGGUGGCCAAAGAAAAUUAACGGUGCGGCAAAAUAUUGUACAUUUUUUGGUUGAACAAAAGUUUAAAAUUCAAAUUCUCAUGUCGAAAAAUGUUAAUACAAAUAUUGUGUAAAACAAUUUUUUCACAAAAAGCCACUAAAGUGUAAAAAAUUGUAGAAGUAUUUGUUGCUAGUGCUGUGAAAAAGGUGUGAAAAUACGACAAUUUUUAUUCGUAAUGAAUGUGAGAAAAACUAAUGCCAAAAGUCUCAAUAUUAUUAUUAUUGUUUUGAGGAUUAACUGGAUAAAAGCGAUUACAAUUUUGAGUGCCAUUGUUUUCGAAGUUUGCCAGUUUAAUUCCCCUCACGCAACUUGGCAGAUAAAAUACAACCCAAUCACGAUCGGUCGUCCACCAUGCAUGAGUUAAAUAUGAAGUCGAAAUAUGAGAAUAUGAAGAUUAUAUACAAUCGCAGCAAGUUCGGUUGGUAUUGGGCGCCGCUUUUUGUUGCUUUUUGGUUUCUACUCUUCUACCUCACCGUAUUACCCAGCUACAACAGCUAUCCCGAUCUGCUGACAACUGCGGAUGAAGCCUCGCAUCCGGGUCGCUUUAUUGGUGAGAGUGCCGAGAGUAUGCUGUUGCGGUUGACAAAGAUCGGUCCGAAAGUGGUAGGUAGCGCUGCGAACGAACAAACGGCUGUACAAUUCCUACUCACAGAGAUUAAUAAAAUAGUGCGAGAUGCGCGCAGUGAUCUCUAUAAUAUUGAACAGGACGUACAAGUGGCUUCGGGUAAUUAUGUCAUUUGGAAGAUGGUGAAUGUCUAUCAGAGUAUACAGAAUGUGGUGGUAAAGUUGACACCGCGUGGCACCAAUAGCACCUCAAGUCUAUUGAUCAACAGCCAUUAUGACUCGGUGCCGGGCAGUUCGGGUGCAGGUGAUUCGGGCGCUAUGAUUGUCAUUAUGUUGGAGACUUUGCGAGUAAUUUCGAAGUAUGAAACACCUUUGCAGCACUCGAUCGUUUUCUUAUUCAAUGGCGCUGAGGAAAACCCUUUGCAGGGCUCACAUGCUUUCAUCACACAACACAAAUGGGCGGGAAAUGUCAAGGCUGUCAUAAAUUUGGAUUCGGCGGGCUCGGGUGGCCGUGAAAUUUUAUUCCAGUCCGGACCCGAUCAUCCCUGGUUAAUGAAGUACUACGGUAGCCGAAUUGUACAUCCAUAUGCUUCGACCAUCGGCGAAGAAUUGUUCCAAAAUGGAUUUGUGCCUUCGGAGACUGAUUUUAGAAUAUUUAGAGACUUUGGAAAUAUACCAGGUUUGGAUAUGGCUCACACCCUCAACGGUUUCGUCUAUCAUACAAAGUAUGAUCGCUUUAGUUUGAUUCCACGGGCGACCUAUCAGCUCACUGGUGAUAAUGUGCUGGCGCUAACCAAAGCCUUAUGUAAUGCACCUGAAAUGGAAGAUCCUUCAAAAUACGCUGAGGGCCACACAAUAUUCUUCGAUGUGCUCGGCUGGUUCAUUGUCUACUAUUCGGAAACCACAGGCACUAUAAUAAAUAUAAUUGUUUGUGUCGUCGCCAUUAUCACCAUGUUGGCCUAUAUUUGGAAUAUGGCACACCAAACCGGUAUGUUUCGCCGUCGCGUCUUUUUAAAAUUUGGUAUUUUAUUAGGAGUACAAUUCGCUGCUGUGCUGUUGGCGAUUCUGCUCUCGAUCACCAUCGCAAUAUUCAUGGAUGCGGUGGGUUUGUCAAUGUCAUGGUUCUCACAGCCGUGGAUGAUAUUCGGUUUGUACUUUUGUCCGAUGUUCUUCAUGAUGGGCUUGAUACCUGCAAUCUAUUUGAGCCGGACAAAGGAGCACGGUCUUCCAUUGGGUUAUGCCAUUCAGCUGAUCAUGCAUGCUCAUUGCCUGAUCUUAACUGUGGCUUGCAUAUUUUUGAUUUCGUUCGGCGUGCGGUCGGCUUUUUCAUUGAUGCUUUGCAUUGGUUUCUAUGUGUUAUCGGUGAUCUUGAAUAUGGUCACUUGUUUCCACAAGACAACUUUCCUCUGGCUCAUACCACAUACCAUCUGCCAGCUAUUGCCCUUUCUCUUCUACUCUUACUGUUGCUACGCUUUUUAUGUCAUCUUUAUACCGAUGCAGGGUCGUGAUGGCGCCAAUAGUAAUCCGGAAAUAAUGAUCGGAGGUUUUACGGUCUUGAUUUGCUUGCUUAUGGUGCCCUUCCUGGUGCCCCUUCUAUGCCUCUUCCGUAAAGCCAAAACGAUAAUUUCAAUUUUUGGUGGCCUUUGUUUGGUCUUCAUCAUAUUGGCUGCCACUCCCUUUGGAUUUCCCUAUGAGGAACGUGAAGCCCCGCAACGUUUUUAUGUGGCUCACACCACACGCACUUUCCACAAUUCGGAUCCUGCGAUGUCUGUACGCUAUAGAGAUUCCGGUUACUACGUGGUGCCUGUCGAUCGUCGUCCGCACUCGAUCGAUUACAUAUUUGAGAAUAUGAAUGUAUCUAAAUCCAUUGAGAUGGAAAUAAACUGCGAUACUGAGUUAAUGUGCGGCUAUCCAAUUUACAGUUCGCGUUGGUUGGGCUGGCGUGACCAGAGCUUUUGGAUUGACGGCCCGGCACCACUAGCAGGUGGUUGGCCGAGCCUGAGAAUUUUGAGUAAACAGCGUAUCUCCAACACAAAUCUGAUAAUAAGCCUCGAGGUCUCGGGUCCGGAUCAUAUGAGUAUUUUCAUACAGCCGAUAAACGACACGAAACUAAUCGAUUGGUCUUUGGAUCGCACGCCGCUAAGGAAUAAUUUUACUGCGCCAUACUUUAUUUAUCUAUCCUACGCCUUGGAUCCUGCGCCUUUCCGUUUCCAUAUGGAAUUUCAACACCAAAGUGUCGAUUGGUCCGGAGCAACGCUUGACAUUGCCGUAAUAGGUCACAAAGUCCAUGAUGAUAUUUCAAACACAAAUGAAUUCCGUGAGUUCGUCGCCGAAUUCCCAGCUUGGUCGACAGUGAGCGCUUGGACGAGCUCCUACGAAAGUUGGCGAAUAUAA